CCUGGGUGGGGUUUGGGUCUAGGAGAGGAUGUGACUGCAAAGCCAGGAAGCUACAGGGAAAGUUCUGAUUAAAAUACACACACACACACACACAAACAAAAGACAGGUCCUCGUGGUGCUUGGCGAUGUGUCCUGGGGCCGUGGUGCCGUGGACCGGGCCGGGGGCCCAGCUGAGCAGAGAGUUUGCUCCCAAACACUCGUCAAUGACCUCGAUGACCGACAUUUCCCCCCAGGAGGAAAGAGCCGGAACCAGCAGCCUCUGACCUGUCCUGGCGCCCAGACUGACCGGCCGCAAAGACAGAGAGUGAGUCUUGCCCACCCCCUGGGGGACCAGUCUGCUCAGCCAAGGAGCCCCGUGGAACCGGGGGGUGGCACCAGUGCCCAGCCUGCCUCGAGGAGGCCCCGGCCAGACCAUGGCAGUAGGUGUCUGUGACAGGGCCCCUGACUUCCUCUCCCCGACUGGAAACCAGGCCCUGGGGCCCGCCCUUGGCAGUGUAGUGGCUCUGAACUGCACAGCCUGGGUGGUCUCUGGGCCCCACUGUCCCCUGCCCUCCGUCCAGUGGCUGAAAGACAGGCUGCCGCUGGGCAAUGGGAGCCACUACAGCCUCCAUGAAGACUCCUGGGUCAAGGACAACCUAUCAGAGGUGCUUGUGUCCAGUGUUCUGGGGGUCAACCUGACCCAUGCUGAGGACUAUGGGACCUUUACCUGUGCCAUCCGGAAUGUCAGCUCCUCCCCCUUCACUCUUUGGAGAGCUGGCCCAGCAGGCCACGUGGCUGCGGUGCUGGCCUCACUCCUGGUCCUGCUGGCCCUGCUCCUGGCCGCCCUGCUCUACGUGAAGUGUCGACUCAAUGUGCUGCUCUGGUACCAAGACACCUACGGGGAGGUGGAGGUGAACGACGGGAAGCUCUACGACGCCUACGUCUCCUACAGCGACAGCCCCGAGGACCGGAAAUUCGUGAACUUCAUCCUGAAGCCGCAGCUUGAGCGGCGUGGGGGCUACAAGCUCUUCCUGGACGACCGCGACCUCCUGCCGCGCGCGGAGCCUUCCGCGGACCUCCUGGUGAACCUGAGCCGCUGCCGGCGCCUCAUCGUGGUUCUGUCGGAAGCCUUCCUGGGCCGGGCCUGGUGCAGCCACAGCUUCCGGGAGGGCCUGUGCCGGCUGCUGGAGCUCACUCGCAGACCCAUCUUCAUCACCUUUGAGGGCCAGAGGCGCGACCCCGUGCACCCCGCGCUCCACCUGCUGCGCCAGCACCGCCACCUGGUUACUCUCCUGCUCUGGAGGCCCGGCUCCGUGGCGCCUUCUUCAGAUUUUUGGAAAGAGCUACAGCUGGCGCUCCCGCGGAAGGUGCGGUACAGAGCAACGGAGGGAGACCCCCAGACCCGGCUGCAGGAUGACAAGGACCCCAUGCUUAUUGUACAAGGCCACCUCCCAGCGGGUCGGACCCUGCACCUGGAGCUGGAUCCUGACCCAGAGGGGGACUUGGGUGUCCGAGGGCCUAUCUUUGGGGAGCCAUUAGCUCCACCACAUGCAAGUGGGGUUUCGCUUGGAGAGGGCCGGGGCAGCGAGGUGGACGUCUCAGACCUCGGCUCCCGCAACUACAGCGCCCGCACAGACUUCUACUGCCUGGUGUCUGAGGAGGACGUGUAGCCCCCACCGGCCGGAACAGCAAGAUCUCAAGGACAGCUGGGUGCGGGGUGGGUGGGGUUUCUCUCCUCUUAGCAGGACCACCAGCCCUGAGACCCUCAGGGAAGGGGAGCUGCUCCACUGUGCCUCCUUGUGCCAGAAAAUAAAGUCCUUUUAGAUCCUG